AUGGCGGGGACGAGCAUGGCGGUGACGGCGGUGGCGAGCCUGUGCUGCGUGGGGUUCUGCAGCCUGCUGCUCUACCUCUACCGCAUCCUCUGGCUGGCGCCGGAGAGGGUCCGCCGCGAGCUGAGGGCGCAGGGGAUCGGCGGGCCGCCGCCGUCGUUCCCGUACGGCAACGUCGCCGACAUGAGGCAGGCGGCCGCCGAUGUCGCCGCGAGACGGCGUGAAGAUGCCGGCGGCGUCACCGCCAUCGUGCACGACUACCGCCCCGCCGUGUUUCCCUACUACGAGAAAUGGAGAAACGAGUACGGCCCGGUGUUCAGCUACUCCGUGGGCAACAUGGUGUUCCUGCACGCGACGGACCCGGCCGUGGUCCGCGACGUCUGCCUCUGCGUCUCGCCGGACGACCUCGGCAAGAGCUCCUACAUGAAGACCACGCACCGCCCCCUCUUCGGCGACGGCAUCCUCAAGUCCAACGGCGACGCCUGGGCGCGACAGCGGAAGCUCAUCGCGCCCGAGUUCUUCCACGACAAGGUCAAGGGCAUGGUGGACCUGAUGGUGGGCUCGGCGCAGGCGCUGGUGCGGGCGUGGGAGGACCGGGUUGCCACUAGCGGCGGCGUCCUGGACCUCAACGUCGACGACGACCUCAGGGCAUACUCCGCGGACGUGAUCUCCAGGACCUGCUUCGGGAGCAGCUACGUCAGGGGCAAGAAGAUCUUCGCCAUGAUCAGGGAGCUGCAGAAGACCGUCACCAAGCCCAACCUGCUCGCCGAGAUGACCGGGCUCAGCUUCCUGCCUACGACCAGCAACCGCGCCGCCUGGAGGCUCAACCGGCGGGUAAGGAGCCUCAUACUGGACGUCGUUAAGGAGAGCGGCCGCGGAGAGGAGGAUGAUGGGCCGAACCUGCUGACGGCGAUGCUCCGGAGCGCUGAGGCCGAGGCGGGCAGCGUCGCCGCGGCUGAGGACUUCGUCGUCGAUAACUGCAAGAGCAUUUACUUCGCCGGGUACGAGACCACGGCCGUGACGGCGGCGUGGUGCCUCAUGCUCCUGGCGCUGCACCCGGACUGGCAGCGUCGGGUGCGCGACGAGGCGCGCGAGGCGCUCGCCGGCGGCGCCGCGCCGGACUCCCUCUCGCUCCAGAAGAUGAAGCAGCUGACGAUGGUGAUCCAGGAGACGCUGCGGCUGUACCCGGCGGGCUCGGUGGUGUCGCGGCAGGCGCUGCGGGAGGUCACCCUCGGCGGCGUGCGCGUCCCCGAGGGCGUCAACAUCUACGUGCCGGUGUCGACGGUGCACCUGGACGAGGGGCUCUGGGGCUCCGGCGCGCGUGAGUUCGACCCGGAGAGGUUCGCGGCGCGGCCGCAGCUGCACUCGUACCUGCCGUUCGGCGCCGGGGCGCGCACCUGCCUCGGCCAGGGCUUCGCCAUGGCCGAGCUCAAGGUGCUUCUCUCACUCGUGCUCUCCAGGUUCGAGGUGGCUCUGUCGCCCGCCUACCGCCACUCGCCGGCGCUCAAGCUCGUUGUCGAGCCGGAGCACGGCGUGCGGGUCGUGCUGAAGAGCCUAAGUAUGUCUGGAGCUUGGUGGGCAUGGCAGUGGGCGCUCCUACUCGUCCUGGAUCGUUUGCCCAGUUCGUUUGUGGAUGCCCCAGUUUUCUCAAGCGAGUCGCAACGUCCUGAUCGCCGGUAUGGCAGCUAUCUGCUGGGUCUUCACUCGGAUUCUGACGCUACACAGCUCCAACAAGGUGCGGACGCCCUCCUUAAUCUGGCCCUGGGUGCUGGAGCUGGUGCUGGAGGAAAUGAUGCAGUUGCUAGCCCUCGUCGACUGACAAACCAAGCUGAUGGAGAUAUGGAAGUCGACGCGCAAGAUGAUGCUAAUGAUAUGGACGCUUGA